UGAAAAUUAGUGGAUUUGUACUGCAGCCUGGAUUUGGGCAAGAAGUUCCACAUGGAGAUGAGCUGGGCUUGAUUUUACAAGGCUCUGCCGUCCCAAACCCAGAAUUACACAACACGUCCUGGUAUGAUUCUGUAAUGUGGACUACACAAGACCAGAAACAAAGGAAAAUAGCUAUCCAUUUUGUAAGGCAUAAGGAAAUGAUUCAACAACCUCAAAAUGCUUUGCUUAUGAUAGAAGGUGGAACAUUAAAAGAAAUCUGGAAGCUUACAAAAAGAUUUAAAUGUGUUAUUCCUGUGAGAUCCACAGAACAUGAUCUUGAAUUAUUAGAUCUUUCAGCUCCCUUUCUUUUACAAGGGAACAUGAAAUAUUAUGGGUGCAAGCAAUGUUCAACUCCAAAGCCUAUGAAGAGUCUAAGUUCCAUGGCAGCAGAACGACAGCCAUCAUGGGAACCAACUAAAAUAGCACAAGUUUUAGGCAUUGAGCCACUCCAGUAUGUUUUUAUUAUGAAGUUUACACUGGUUGAUGGAACAGGAGCACUAGAUGCAUACCUUCUUGACUAUGAAAAGUUCUUCAAAAUUCCUGCCUCUGAAGUCUUAACUACUGAUUUUCUUCAGCAAAAGAUGCAGAUGAUCAUGAAUGCGCUCUGUCCUCCUGGAGGAAAAUUAGAUGACUCGCCAUGGCUGGAAUGCUUCAUCAAGUCCUAUAAUGUCAGAGAUGCAAAGAAACAUCAAGUUUAUUAUCAAAUUUUUGACACUACAAUUGUUGAAGAUGUUCUGUAG